AGCACGGCUCUAAUUCCACUUCCACGCCGGAUUUCUAAAACAGGGGUGGGGGGGCUGGCAAAUAGACAACAACACCGGAUUGAGGAAAUUGACGAGGGCAUACUAUGUGCAAAACAAACUUGUUUAAAGCUGACAGGCAUGCAGCACGAGCUGUUUCAUUCACUGUCCCAUCUAAGAAGAGAACAGCUCCUCCCUAGUGCACAGCAUCCAGCGUGGGGUUCGCUAUCGCUUCCAGUCAUGCGUUUUUACGCGAUCCCAGUGUUCCUGUUGAUAGUGUUUGGAGGUGCUGACGCGUGGGGUCCCGGGGGUAAAUACGCCGUCCACUGCCCGGACAGAUGCUCCACCGCGCAGUGCGGCUCGACGCAGCGCUGCAGGCGCACGGUGCUGGAUGACUGCGGGUGCUGUCAGGUCUGUGCUGCGGGACGGGGAGAGCACUGCUACCGCACCGUGUCCGGGAUGCACGGCGUCAAGUGCGGACCGGGACUCUUCUGUGACUUCUACAAGGACGAGGAUGAUUAUGGAGAUGAAUAUGGCAUCUGUAAAGAAUGCACGUAUGGGACGUAUGGUAUGGAAUGUCGGAAAGCAUGCAACUGUAAAGCAGGUGGACUGUGUGACAGAGAGACGGGUGCUUGUCUGUCCUUUAAAUUCUUGGCUAAAAUGGCCAUGCUGAAAUCUCAUUCAAAUGAAGGUAAUGAACUGGGCUCGGGUGACACGAACACUGAAACCAGCAGCAAUCGGUCCUCCGCUCGCAAUUUCCUCCCCCCUCGCUGACAGAAACUCACACUCUUCAGUUUAGUUAGUGUACAUGUAGCAUAAUAUAUUCAAGGAGCAAACGGAUUUAUUUUAAUAUGUUUAAAAGGAAGACGAUAUGUUUUAUUCUGUAUAUUUUACAUAUGUGUAUGCCAGUUAUGUAUUUAUUCCAAAGCAUGUCUCCAUGAAGUCACACUCACACACAUAUAUGCAAUCAUCGAUUAGAGAUUAGUGACAAAAUAAUAAUGUUCCCUCAGAAACGUAUAAUUAUGCUUAGAUGUUAAAAUGAUGGUUGAACUGAAUGAACACACACAAACACUUUUACAUUAUGAAUGUAUUGCAAUUAAACAUGCAGCAGUGUUUAUAUAAUCAUAUUUAAUGACAAACACAUUCUAAGAGUAUAUACCAGGCUCAGUUCCAAGACUGAUCAGCAUUAGCAUCAGUUAUGACUUCACAUAUUUGACCGCAUGGUCUCUUUAAUGCUAAACAGUGAGGUUUUUAAUGUGGUAUAUUAAGGCCAGAUUGUUAUAAUUUAUGGACUGUAUAUCCUUCCAAUAUGUUUGUGAAUUAUUAUGUGUAAAUCUUUGCUUUAAACCCCCAUUGAAAGAGAUAAUAUGAAUUCUUACAACUUUAUGUAUGA